AUGGAAAACGGCCGGGUGGUGGAGCUCGCGUUGGCAGAUUGUGGCCUGACCGGAGCGGUGCCGGCUGAGGUUGGGCGCCUGACUGCGCUAAGGGAGUUAAACGUUGCCCGUAAUGCGCUGACGCUCUUGCCGGCGGAGAUCGGGCAGCUCACGUCGCUGAGGGAGUUGUGCCUCACCGGCAAUCAGCUGACGAGCGUGCCGGCGGAUAUCGGGCAGCUCACCUCGCUUGAGAGGUUGUGGCUUCACGGCAAUCGGCUGACGAGCGUGCCGGCGGAGAUUGGACAGUUCGCGGCGCUGAUUGAGUUGUGGCUCUGGGGCAAUAAGCUGACGAGCGUGCCGGAGGAGAUUGGGCAGCUCACGUCGCUGACGUACUUGCACCUCGGCAGCAAUCAGUUGACGAGCCUGCCGGCGGAGAUCGGGCAGCUCACGGCGCUGACGGAGCUGAACCUCACCGAAAAUCAGCUGACGAACGUGCCGGCAGAGAUCGGGCAGCUCACGUCACUGGUGAAGCUGAACCUCACCAAAAAUCAGCUGACGAACGUGCCGGCGGAGUUCUGGCGGCUCACGUCGCUGGGGGAGUUGUACCUCGACGACAAUCGGCUGACGAGCGUGCCGGCGGAUAUCGGGCAGCUCACGUCGCUGACGUGGUUGGGCCUCUACGGCAAUCAGCUGACGAGUGUGCCGGCUGAGAUCGGGCAGCUCACGUCGCUGGAGUUGUUGCGCCUCAGCAGCAAUCAGCUGACGAGCGUGCCGGCGGAGAUUCGGCAGCUCAGGUCGCUGGAGAGGUUGGAUCUCAGCGGCAAUCAGCUGACGAGCGUGCCGUUGGAGAUCGGGCAGCUCACGGCGAUGACGGAGUUAUACCUCAGCUACAAUCAGCUGACGAGUUUGCCGGCGGAGAUCGGGCAGCUCACGUCGCUGGAGAAGUUGUACCUCGGCGACAAUCGGCUGACAAGUGUGCCGGCGGAGAUCGGGCAGCUCACGUCGCUGUGGGGUUUGUACCUCAACGACAAUCAGCUGACGAGCGUGCCGGCGGAGAUCGGGCAGCUCACAUCACUGGAGAUUUUUCAACUCGAGCGCAAUCAGCUGACGAGCUUGCCAACGGAGGUCGGGCAGCUCACGUCGCUGGUGGAGUUCAGGCUCAGAAGCAAUCAGCUGACGAGCGUGCCGGCUGCGAUACUUGAGCUUGAAGCGGCGGGCUGCGAUGUGGAUCUGGAUGACGGCGUGACGGUGGACGAGUGA